GAAAAGUCGCCUUAUCGUCAUAUGUUUUCUAUUGAAAAAACGUCCUUCUGUCAAAAUCAUAGCCUACUGUUUUUUUAUAAUCAUACAACGAAAAAAAAUAUCGCGCACAAGCAUCGUAACCCUCUAUCGACAAUUCGUGUGUUGUUUCGUCAGGGUCUCCGUCAUUGUGCUUCUGUUUUUUUUAUAUCUAAUUUAACGAUCGUGUGAUUUUGAUAACUCGAAUUUCCCUGGAAAGCCCAUUGACGUGCAUAAACCACGACGACGUAUCCGAUUACAGGUUACUCGAGAUAACCAAAAUUUGCGCUUUAAAAUCUACUACGAAAGUUUCAAGUUGGUGUUUUUUUGGGUGCAUGUGUAUGCGUUUGUUUUGAAGAUUUUCAAUCUUCGUAGUUACAUCGUACGUUUCGCGAUUUGAUAGAACAUCGGAGAAGAGAGGGUUUCGCGAAUCAAUGACAAUUUGAAUCACAGCAGGGUGGCUCAUUGUCGUGUGAUUGAGGAAUCAAAGGUCUGCACCAUCUGCUGCUUGGUUUGUUUUUUCAUUCUUCGGUAGGUAUGAGCCUACCACCUUUCCCAAGGAUGAGGAAACCAAACAGCGCUAUUGCCAGAUUAAAGCAAGAUUAUCUAAGACUCAAAAAAGAUCCAGUACCGUACGUCGUUGCAGAACCUGUUCCGUCAAAUAUACUUGUAUGGCAUUAUGUGGUCAAAGGUCCAGAAAAUACUCCCUACGAGGGUGGUUUUUAUCAUGGCAAACUAGUUUUCCCUGGAGAAUUUCCGUUUCAACCGCCCAGUAUUUUCAUGACUACCCCAAACGGCAGAUUCAAAGUCAAUACAAGGUUGUGCCUCUCAAUUUCUGACUUUCAUCCAGACACAUGGAAUCCGGCAUGGAGCGUUUCCACAAUUCUCACAGGCCUCCUCAGCUUUAUGAUUGAGAAAAGCCCGACAUUGGGUAGUAUCAAUACAACAGAUUGGGAGAAGAGGCAGUGGGCGCUUCAGAGCUUGGAUUUUAAUCUCAAGGACAAAAUGUUUUGUGAACUUUUCCCAGAAACUGUCGAGGAAAUACAAACAGAGUUGGGACGACGUGAGAAAAUGCAAAAACAGACGAGGCAUCAAUCGACGACGGCCGAAGUAUCUUCGCUGAUACGUGAUCAAUUGCAGCGAGAACAGAGUGUAUUUCACAGCGCAAUAACGAAUCUAUGCGUGAUUCUUGGUUUCGCAGCGUUCGCCUAUAGCGUGAAGUACGUGCUGUGGAGCAUUACGAUGGAGUAGAACCGGAUAAAGCUCAUAGCCAGCGUUCCUCGUAUCUUUUCUCGUUCGUGGUUGCUAAAAAUCAUAAAGAUAAAGAAAGAAAUGAGUUUUUACGAGAGCGAAAAGAGAGCGAUGUUCCAUGAUCGCUGAAGCCAAAAUGUGUAUAUCGACGGUACUUAACCACGUUCUCGUUCUCGUCUCGUCGGACAUUUCCCCGCUUCGGAGGUAACGAUCGCAUUCUUCGUUAAGCGUUAUAUUGCGCGAUUCUCGUACGGAACAUGACGAAUCCGGUGCUUCUGGACUCCAAUGUUUCAGCAAUGAGUUGUAAAUAAAUCUAAACAGUCAAAACAAAAAAAAAGAAAAGGAAUCUAGUAGUCCGAAAACCAUGAGUACCAUUCGACGUCGUUUGGGCCCACAAAUUUUUCUCCAAAUUAGUUGCCUAUAAUAAAUACUAUACGUUGGGUUGUAGGAUACAAGGAUAAACAAAUAUCUAUAUGAACAAUCUAUACACUGGCGAAGAAACAUUUUGUAAUAAGGAAAAUUCCUAAAUUUCAAAAUAUUAUUAUGUCGAUUAUAUGUAGAAUAUUUUUUGUCGGCCUCAUUCGAAUUCAAUCGACUUUUCUGGGACAAAGUUGGCCUUUUAUUGCUUUUAUUUUUCGGGCAAAAUCUGGUAGUUUCUCAAGAAUUCAUUCAGACAAAUGUCGACCUGGAAAUCUCACAUUCAAGGGCGUUUUUGCUCUUUGAGCAAUUAUAUUUUCAUUCUUUCUUUCUAUUCUCUGCGUUUUUCCAAUAAGAAAUCAUGCACAAAUUAUUGGGAUUUUCAAAAGCUUCGAAUCUUUGAGAUGCGAUGGUUUAGUUGGAUCGAAAAGAGGCGGAUGGUUUAGUUGGAUCGUUAGGCGGCAAACAUCGCAGACAAUCUCUACGACACUCACUCCACUCGGUUUACACACCAACUUGUGUACUCUCACCGUCAGCGAGACGGGUGUAAACCGUUGGAAAAUCAUCUGUGAAUGAAGGCUUCUGUCCAAACGCGCUCGUGGAGAAGCACGGCCUCGUGUCCUGCGAAAUCGUCUUCGUUUUAAACUCGCCGAAUAAUGCUCUGCUAUGCUAUUUCUUUGGGCUCUCAAUAAAGAAAAAAAAAGUGGUCGUCAGCCAAUA